AUGCAUUUUUAUGACCCAAAUCAGAAAACAUGUCUAACAGUCGAUGCAAGCCCCACAGGUCUUGGAGCAAUAUUGUCGAACAUUGACAGAGCAGGUAAUUUGCAUAAUGUAGCAUAUGCCAGUAGGUCACUCACUCUAACUGAACAACGGUAUUCACAAACCGAACGAGAGGCCUUAGCCGUUGUCUGGGGUUGCGAACGGUUUCACAUGUACCCAAUUGGUGCAGAAUUCACAAUUUGCACCGAUCACAAAGCCCUUGAGGUAAUUUAUUCACCCAAAUCCAAACCACCUGCUCGGAUUCAACGGUGGGCUCUUCGCUUACAACAAUACAAAUUUAAUAUAAUAUAUCGCAAAGGCGAAGGCAACCCUGCUGAUCUACUUUCUAGACAACCACUACCUGUAGUAUACACGGAACAUUGUGACAUUGCUGAACAAUAUAUCAAUUUUAUAGAGAAGAACACCAUCCCCAAGGCCAUGAGUAUCGAGUCCAUUAUUGCAGCAACUGCAGUUGAUCCAGAAAUGCAAUCAGCGAUUGAAAGUAUCCAAUCGGGUGUCUGGGCAAAGCAUCAUCCCUUUUAUGCAGUGAGAGAAGAACUCGCUGUCACACCAAACAGUCUCUUGCUCCGUGCAAAUAAGUUGAUCAUUCCAACAAGGCUUAGAAAUGAAACCAUGACACAUGCCCACAAAGGUCAUCAGGGCAUUGUCAAAACAAAACAAGCCCUGAGGACGAAAGUGUGGUGGCCGCGAAUUGACAAAGAUGCGGAAGAGUUUAUUAAGCAUUGUCACGCAUGCCAGUCUCUCGGGCAUGGUGAUCCGCCACCGCCUUUUCAACAACACAAAUUGCCCUCCAAACCAUGGGAUAGACUUCACAUGGAUUUUUGCGGUCCAUUUCCCACGGGGGAAACACUUUUUGUUGUCAUUGAUUCAUAUUCAAAGUUCCCAGAAGUGGAAAUAAUGAAAUCCACUACUGUCAGCGCAGUCACGAAUCGCCUGGACAGAAUUUUCGCAGUUCAUGGCAUUCCCACUGAAAUCUACUCGGACAAUGGUCCACCGUUUGCUAGUGAUGCAGUGAAGAAAUUCAUGCGAAAUCGCGGAAUAAAUCACCGGCUUGUAACACCUUAUUGGCCACAGGCCAACGGGGAAGCCGAGUCGUUCAUGAAGCCCCUCGGUAAGGCUGUAAAAGCAGCGAAAAUGGAAGGAAAGGAUUGGAAAGAAGAGCUACAUGGUUUUCUGUUAGCUUACAGAACUACACCACACUGUACCACCGGGGUAGCACCAAGUCAACUGUUGUUCAAUCGCGAAGUUCGUACGAACAUGCCAACUUUUGUAAAAGAGGGGGAUAUUGAUUACAAGAUUUUACACGAACAGGCUAAGAUAAAUACGUCAGAGAAGCAGUCGAAAGCGCAGCAGUAUACAGAUAAAAGACGACGAGCUCGGAAAGCAAACAUCGAAGUAGGAAUGAAAGUUUUGGUGAAACAAGAACGAAAAAACAAAUUUAGUACUGUUUUUGAUCCAACACCUUUGACUGUAACGAAAGUUAAUGGCACAAAGAUAACCGCAGCGAGACACGAUCUCACUACCACCAGAAACGUAUCGCAUUUCAAAAGAUUUUACUCGAAAGACGAAAGUGCUGAUGAACAGGAAUGCGACGACAGCGCCAGCGAUGUAACGGACGAUGAAGAUAAUAACGAACAGCCACAAGAUAUUCCACGAAGGUAUCCGGCAAGAGUACGAAGAAGACCUCGGUUCUUGCGCGAAGAAACUUAA